CCCGCCCCGGCGCGGCCCUCCCGCCCCCUCCGCCCCCGCCGCCCCCGCCCGCGGCGCCAUGCGCAGGCUCAGUUCCUGGAGGAAGAUGGCGACGGCCGAGAAGCAGAAACACGACGGGCGGGGGAAGAUCGGCCACUACAUCCUGGGCGACACGCUGGGGGUCGGCACCUUCGGCAAAGUGAAGGUCGGCAGGCACGAGCUGACCGGGCACAAAGUUGCGGUGAAGAUACUCAACCGGCAGAAGAUCCGCAGCCUCGACGUGGUGGGGAAGAUCCGCAGGGAAAUCCAGAACCUCAAGCUCUUCAGGCAUCCUCACAUUAUUAAACUGUACCAGGUCAUCAGUACACCUUCUGACAUUUUCAUGGUGAUGGAAUAUGUCUCAGGAGGAGAGCUAUUUGAUUAUAUCUGUAAAAAUGGAAGGCUGGAUGAAAAAGAAAGUCGACGUCUGUUCCAACAAAUCCUCUCUGGCGUGGACUACUGCCACAGGCACAUGGUGGUCCACAGGGACCUGAAACCGGAAAACGUCCUGCUCGACGCGCACAUGAACGCCAAGAUAGCCGACUUUGGUCUUUCAAACAUGAUGUCAGAUGGUGAAUUUUUAAGAACAAGUUGUGGCUCCCCCAACUAUGCUGCACCCGAAGUAAUUUCAGGAAGACUGUAUGCGGGUCCGGAGGUAGACAUAUGGAGCAGCGGGGUCAUCCUCUAUGCGCUACUGUGUGGGACCCUUCCGUUUGACGAUGACCACGUGCCAACCCUUUUCAAGAAGAUAUGUGACGGCAUCUUCUACACCCCGCAGUAUUUAAACCCUUCUGUGAUCAGCCUCCUGAAGCACAUGCUGCAGGUGGACCCCAUGAAGAGGGCCACAGUCAAAGACAUCAGGGAACACGAGUGGUUCAAGCAGGAUCUUCCAAAAUACCUCUUUCCGGAGGACCCGUCGUACAGCUCCACCAUGAUCGAUGAUGAAGCCCUGAAGGAGGUGUGUGACAAGUUCGAGUGCUCCGAAGAGGAGGUCCUCAGCUGCCUGUACAACAGAAACCACCAGGACCCCUUGGCGGUCGCCUACCACCUCAUCAUCGAUAACCGGAGGAUCAUGAACGAGGCCAAGGAUUUUUACCUGGCCACCAGCCCGCCUGAUUCUUUUCUCGACGAUCACCAUUUGACUCGGCCCCAUCCCGAACGAGUGCCCUUCUUGGUUGCCGAAACACCAAGGGCACGCCAUACCCUCGAUGAGUUAAAUCCACAGAAAUCCAAACACCAAGGUGUAAGGAAAGCAAAAUGGCAUUUGGGAAUUAGAAGUCAGAGUCGACCAAAUGAUAUCAUGGCAGAAGUCUGUAGAGCAAUUAAACAACUGGAUUAUGAAUGGAAGGUUGUAAACCCAUACUAUUUGCGAGUUCGAAGAAAGAAUCCUGUGACAAGUACGUACUCCAAAAUGAGCCUACAGUUAUACCAAGUGGACAGUCGAACGUAUUUAUUGGAUUUCCGAAGUAUUGAUGAUGAAAUGACUGAAGCCAAGUCAGGGACCGCUACGCCACAGAGGUCGGGAUCAGUUAGCAACUAUCGAUCUUGCCAAAGGAGUGAUUCAGAUGCUGAGGCUCACGGAAAAUCCUCAGAAGCUUCUCUUACCUCAUCCGUGACCUCACUGGACUCUUCUCCUGUUGACUUAACUCCAAGACCCGGAAGUCACACAAUAGAAUUUUUUGAGAUGUGCGCGAAUCUAAUUAAAAUUCUUGCACAGUAAA